AUGACGCUCCCCUCCAAUGUCCAUGUUUCCUCCCAUCCCUGCCUCCAGGCCAAGCUCUCCCAGCUCCGGUCGCAUUCCACCUCUCCUCGCGAGACUCGCAGUCUGGUGCAUGAUAUUGCAACCAUUCUAGGGGUUGAGGCCUUUGCUGCCGGGUUGAAGGUUGCCAGUGGUGCAAAGGACAAAACCCCGCUGGGCAUUGAGUAUGAGACGAAGACAAUUGACCCAGCUAACGUGGCCUUGGUGCCUAUUCUCCGAUCAGGAUUGGGCAUGAUUGAGGCUAUCAACAACCUCCUCCCUACCACCGUCCCCAUCUACCACCUCGGCCUCUUCCGUGACAAGUUCACUCUCCAACCAGUCGAAUACUACAACAACCUCCCCUUCCUGCGCCCCGACUCCCCUACCAAUUCCACCGCCGCCACCCUCGCCAUCCUGCUCGACCCCAUCAUCGCGACCGGCGCCACGGCCGAGGCCGCCAUCCAGCUCCUCCGCGAAUGGGGCGUGCAGCGGGUGAUCAUGCUCAGCGUGCUCGGUUCGAAACCGGGGCUUCGUCGUGCGGCCGAGUGCUGGUCAGAGGGCGUGGAGGUGUGGGUGGGCGCCGUCGACGAGCAGUGCGAUGAGCGGGGGAUGAUUGUGCCUGGGGUGGGGGAUAUCGGAGACCGCUUGUUUCUUGCUAUUGGCAAGUAG